AUGGCAAAUAUAAAGACGGGACGGGCAUCUGCCCGAAUCCACUCUGAUGCAACCGAGUCCAUCGAGUCAGAAGCGCUCUUUGAAGCCAAGUCAGCUAGUGUACCUGUUGUUGUUAUUGGAGCCAGCAUUGGAGGCCUCGCUGCCGCAGUGGCCAUCCGCUCACGCACGGGACGUGCUGUGUGUGUACUGGACGUGAAAAGAGAGGAGGUAACAUCGAGAGAGCAAGAAGAGGAAAUGUCGUAUAUUCUUUCUGCCAGGUGUCUAGACGCUGUAAGGGCAAUAAACGCGGAUCUGUACCGGACAGUUCUCAUGAGCGUCGAGGACGAUGCCUGUGCCGGUGGCGCCUCAAAAAGUAGUAGCGUGUAUCUGAACUCCCGCCUGACAUCUAGCCAUCUGAGAGACAUCUUAAGUUCUCACUUAACUGGAGGACAUGGGGGAUCUUCGUUUCUCUGGCGUUCUAGUCCCAUCAGGAGCAUUUCUUUCACUUCAAGAACGGAUGAAGACGAAGGGAGAGAGGAAGGCCGUCCAGUCCUUGUGACUCUUAAAGAUGGCGUUGUUAUAAAGGCUGAGCUGGUGGUAGUGGCAACUGACACAGUCCCCUUUCAGGAGCUUCUACGGGAGCCGAGUAGUCAGGAGGGCAAGGAUUCCCUUCCUGAAGGCUUGACGCCUCCAGAGGUGUGGGCCUCUAAGAGCAGCAGGCGGCCCAGUGACCUUGAAGUCGCGCUGCUGAACGAAGGGGAGAGGAGGGUUCUCUCUUUCAUGGCCUCGCUUUCACCUUCAACGGAACCGGCAACAAUGCUGGCGGGGCAGCAUCCUGGGAUGAUCGACGAAGCUCACUCAAGCAGCUUUAGUGAGUUGUGUACUGGGCAGAGCGUUGACUCGGUGGCUGCGGUGUUGGCUGGUCUGAAGAUAUCAUCCAGUUUACGGAGCUGCAAAAUUCCCAAAGGGGCUGAUGCACCAUGGAGCUUCCGGGAAGGUCAUGUGGUCCUCAUUGGAGCGGCGGCUCAUCCGUGGGCUUCUUCUCGUUUCGACGGCCUCGAGCUUGAUCUUGCAGACGCUGCCCAGCUUGGCUGCAGUCUCUUUGAUUGGAAAUUCCAAGUGCGGAUGGCCUCUGAUAGAUUCCAAGCCAUCAGAAAACGGCGCCUCGCUGCUGUCCUCACCAGCCCACGGAUGACUCGGGGCUGGAGCAUUGAGUCGCCGGAGGCUAUUGGUGAUACCUCAACGGCCGCCAGCCCUACAGUGCUCAUGGACGACGACCAGACAUUCGUUCCCACACGUGACGCGUAUGCAGAGCUACUGCCAGCAGGUGGCUUGGCCUAUGAAGUGCAGGAAGCGGAAGUAUUUUGA